AUGGGUACCCACAUCCUUACCACCCUCGCCCUGGUGGCCUCUUUGGCCCUUGCCACCCAUGGCUUCUCCAACAAAUUCAAUAUGAAUCACCUGUGUGCUCUGGUCAAUGAUGGCCUCAUGAUUUCCUCUCUGGAUGCCUGUGAUGCCUAUUACGAAUGUCAGGGCGGCAAAGCUGCCCGUCGUAUCUGUCCAACGAAUUCCAUCUUUAGCAAGGAACAUCAAAGCUGUAUGCCCCAGGAUCAGGUACAAUGUGCCAUCUCCAGCAGUGUACCCUGUUCGGGUUAUACGGUGGGAUCGUGGGCACCCGUUGCCGGUUCAUGUACCGAUUUCUAUUAUUGCAGUCAAACCGGGCCGAUGCGUGCCUCCUGUCCCUAUGGUGAAUAUUUUAAUCCUGUGAAACAGGCUUGCGUCUAUCCUGGGGAAUAUCCAUGUUCGGGUUCAUCGACGGGUAUGGGAGUGGAUACCGAUAUCAGUAUUGAGGAUGGUAGUGGUGAGGCUGCAGAUGGUAGCUCAAUUUCGAUUACCAUUACCCUGCCGCUGAAUUUGUGUAACUUCAUACCGAAUGGUAUUUUCUUUGGUAGCCCCUCGGCCUGUAGCGGAUGGAAUAAGUGUGUGGAUAAUGUCCUGCAAAGCGGUAUCUGUGCCAAUGGCAUGGAAUACAAUGUCCUGACAAUGAUGUGUGAAUAUCCCCAAGUGGUGACAUGUUCUCAGGUUACCAAUGAUCCCUUCCUCGUGCCCAAUACCUGCAGCACCAAAAACACCAAAAAGGCCGGUUUCAGCUGUGACACCUAUAUGGUCUGUGAUGGCAGCUAUUAUCAAAUAGCACAAUGUCCCACUGGUGAAUUCUAUGAUACCGUCAGCCAACAGUGUGUCGAUCGCGCCGAGGCCCGCAAUAAUUGUGAUCGUUGUGAGGGUAGCACCAGCAGCUUCGUGAAUAUGUAUUCCGCCAACAACUGCACCGGUUAUUUGUAUUGUGUCAACGGUGUUGAGGUAGCUUCGGGUUAUUGUGCCAAUGGCAGCUAUUUUGAUGAGAGAGUUGGUGCCUGUGUUAUGGGUGCAAGUGAUCCAAUGUUGGGCUGUUGCAAUCCCCAAUAUUAUUCAAGUGGAUCGGAUAGUACAACCACUGCCAAUGAUACUGAUGGUAGUGACAACACGGACGCCACCACGGAGGCUGCUGAAAAGACCACCGUUGCUGAGGCGGCUGGUGCUACAACCGUUGCGGCCAGUAAUGCAGAUGGUAGUUCGGAUGCCAGUUCGAGUGCAACUUCGGGUACAGGUACUGAUGCCGGUACCGGUUCCAGCUCUGCUGCAGCUCCAUCACCCGCAGCUUAA